UAAUUUAGAGGCGGACUCUGCAGAAUUUACAAAUAUAAUUAUUUAUGGCCAUUUUAUUUGUUUUUAAAAUCUACAUUCUCGGAAUGCUCGAUUUGAAACAACUUAACUUUAACUGUUAAACUUAACAAGAACUGAACUGUCUGAAGAAAAGUUUGUUUUGUUUAACUUAACUUUAACGAUACCAGUAGAUCAUAUCAACUAUUGGAUGUCAAACAUUUGGUAAUUUUGACAUAUCCUGAACCUAUCGAAUUCCGUCUCAUUAACAGGAAAAUGAUAUUGGCUUGCUCAGUGACAGUCCAACAAUUAGAUUAGCUGGUUGACAACCAAUUAAUAGUGCGUCAUGUUGUUGUGACAGUCAUGGAGGGGAGGUCAAAAAGCCGCCGAAUGGAUGAUGCAGUUAAGAAAUGGUUGCUAGAGUUACGAGAUGUGACAGAAACGGAAUGUAUGAGUGUACUGCAGGGCAAGUCACUUAACUGCAAAAAAGACCCUGACCAAACCGCAUAUCUAGUCAACGAAAUAAAAGAUGUGGUCAACUCCAUCAGGACAGAAUCUAAUGCAAUCAGUUCAGAUUUUGACACUCUUUUCAGGAGUGUUGAGUGUGGAGACUGGAAACAUCUAGGUCACCAUGGUAUACAGGUUACCUGCCACAUUCGGUCCCUCAUUCAGCUGUGCAACAAGUGUAUCAGAGAACCACCUGUCCACAUUCUAGAGCAACAAGAACUUGUUAUGGGAGAAUGUGCUAAGCUAGCUCAAUUAGUUGAUGGUUUUAGUCAUGGAGGGCGGCUUCCAGCUAAGGUUCCACUUACAAACCAGCUGACAUAUCUUGGCCAGUCCUUCAGUCGACUGGUGGAUCAUGUUCUGGGAUAUCUAGUCCAGAAAUUGGUUGACUUGCUUGAUGAGGCCUCCGCCCCCUCAGCUGUAAACAGUGCAAUAGAAAGUUUCAUCAGUCUGGGACUGGAUGGAGAACACAUGUGUUAUAUACUUGCUAGAGAGGGAGGGGUGCGCUCCCUACUAGAUAUCUGCCGCACCGACUCGCUGGUAUUUGCUCACUCACAGGCUCUGAGAGCUUUGGCCACUCUCAGCUGUGUACCAGAAAGUAUUAUGGAGUUUGAAAGGGAAAAUGGUCUGGAGCUGUUAACCGAGUUGCUGUGUGAUAGUGCUGCCCCCGAGUGUGUGCAAGGAGAAGCAGCGGGUGUCGUGGCUCAGAUUACCUCCCCUUGUUUGGAACACAAUCAACACUUGGGUGGCUUUGUAGAUAAUAUUCAAGAUCUUCUUCAAGCUUUGCUUAAUCUAAGCCAAAAGACAAAAUCACGGGAGGUGUUUCUUUUAGCUGCAGCAGCAACGGCUAACAUGACCUUCAUUGACUCCACAGCGUGCGAGAUCCUACAUCAGAACGAGGCUCACAGGAUAUUAGUACAGCAGUGUUCAUUGCCAAAAGCGGGAUCCUUGUUUGCCAAAGAUCAGGUUGCCACCAUUCUGGCAAACAUGGCGGCUGUGAACAGUUGUCUGGUUGGUCUGACAGACAACCAAGGGAUUGAGCUGCUGGUCAGCUUCCUCAAGGAGAGUCCCUCACUGUGUGCCAGUGAAGCGGAGAUGGCCGCCUGUGAACGCGUCCAGCAGAAAUCAGCUAUUGCUCUCACCAGGCUGUGCAGAGAAGAGUCGUAUGCACAGAGAAUCAUUGAUCUGGAAGGCAUACCAAGAUUGGUAAAGCUAUGUCGAUCUUCGAGAGAAAGGAAUAACAGCGAUGCUGUUCUGGUGGCAAGUCUGGCUGCUCUGAGAAAAAUCUCUUCAACGUGCGGCAACAAGAACGUAAGUGAUGCUGAUGUCCAGCAGCUGAUAGCGCCAAGACUGAUGGACUCUUUCUUGAUGUGUUCCCGUAGUGACGAAAACUUUGUGUAAGGCACACUUUCCAUAUCUGCAUUUCUGCAAGCAGAUUACUCAGAGCUGGUUUAUCCUAGUAGUACAUGUAGCACGUGCUACGGGCCCCACACUUCAGGGGGUCCUGCGGUGAUGUGUACAUUUAUUUUACCCAGUAAAUAUAUAUCCUGGGAAGGAGGCCCUACUGUUAUUUGUGCUACAGGCCCCGCAGAUGCUUAAACUGGCUCUCGGAUUACUAUAUAAAAUUUGAUGUCAUCGAAGGGUACUUUUAAGCUGAAAAGUAAAUACUUUGCAUUUUGAUGUCACCUUGCUGAAAAACUUGCAUGCAGAAAAAAUCAACUCAUUCAUCAAAAAAUUUCAGCAUUCUAAUGCCAACACACGGAAUCCCACAUAUGGAAAAGGUACUGUGUAAAUGCACGGUAUCGAUAAGCUUGCAAACAAAAUUGCAUUAACGGAAAGUGGGCCUUACUUAGCCCUUACAAACCCAGCUGGUCUGGUUACUUACUGUGAUGUAUGUGGAUGUGACCAAGAAUUUUAGCAUGGGGUUUGUUUAAAAUAAAGAGCUAGUAUGUUUUGUGGCUAAUAUUUAAUUUUUAGAAGGUGAAGAACUGCAAGAGAGAAAAUGAAUUGCCAAAAGAGAGUUUGUUCACACCACCUGAAGCCUACCCUGGUGAAUCAUUAUUAUAGUGCGUCAAAGAUACUUAAAAAACAAAACAAAAAUUAUAUUUACACGGCAGAGGCCAAAAACACUUAGACAGAGCUUUAACAUUGAUAACAAAAAAAGCAAUGUAAACACGUAUCCCCUCACUCUUCAAUGUAACAGAAUUGACAGAGACAAUAUCUCCCUUUUAUAGUCUUCCACCUUUUUAUGAUUCAAGUCAAAUGAAAUAUGUUUUCAGAUUUUGUCUAAGAGGUUUACCUUUCAGAAUGAAAAGUCUCAACCUGUAGUUUUUAUUGCACUUACUUACAUGGAGUUACAAUCUUUGUUUUGAGUUACGUUCCGAGUCAUGAAUUGUUCCUGUAUAAUAUUACUGAUUGUUGUUUUCAUUAAAGUUAUAUUAAUGUUCUUCAUGUGGUUUCAGUAUUGCUAGAAAUAAAACCAUUAAAAUAGGAUGUUGAAAAUGUACUUUUAUGCCUUUAAACAUGCUAACCGAUGUAUGUCACCUUUAAACAUGUCCACUGUACACAUGUACAUUUUUUAUGUUUUAUUUUAUUGGAAUGUGAUCAGUUUUUGUAUUUACUAUGAGGGUGUGGUAAAAGGUGAAAUUCUGUACGUUGUGAAAAUAAUAGACAAUACGGAAGAAUAUGCAUUUUUCAACAAACUAUUCCUCCAUUUAUUUUCAGAACGAUUAUUGUUUUAUAAGUUUUAGAAGUAAAUUGGGACAUUUUUAUAUCAUUCUUAUUGCUAUAUUAAGAACAUGUACAAUUUUAUUUUAUUGUGAUGUAAUUUGAUUAAGUAGAAUUUUUUUAUUUGGAUGUUGCAACUAGACUAACAUUGUGCUAUGCAGAAUAAAGUAAACCACAGCUGGAAUUUGUUAUUUUAAUAUACUUUUAUUAUUGAAGUGCAAAAUUAAUUUACAAGUUGCAUUAUCUUGAUACAUAUACCGACAUACAGAUAUUCAUAUUUCCAACCGAUUAAUUUUCGAUUACAAUUGAUCAUUGGAAUUAUCACUGUUAUAAACUGCAUAUUGUACCCAGUGUUGGCUCAACUCAUAUUGUCAUGUUAAGCAUAUGAAUGUAUUAUUUUAUUAAUCAACAGUAUUGAGGUGUUGAUUAAUGUGUGAUGGAUGCCUGACACUGUCUAUGUCUUAACCUUCUUACACUAGUAUUAAUAUUGUAAACCAGGAAAAAAAUGGGUGCACAUAAAUUUCACAAUAUUCGUGCCCAACUAUACAUUAAGAAAUUUAUAUUUGGUACAGAAAAGUCUCAUCAAGAAAAUGUUCUCUGUGAGCUACAUUGUACAUUAAAAAGCCAGCAGUUAGUAAUUAAUACCAGUAAUAGUACAAUAAAUGUUGUGUAAAGGUGUAUGUGGAAUUUUUUAUAAUAGCUUUUGCAGCAGUUUGCUUCUAUAUCUAUAACAUGAUCAAAAUGGUAAAUCUAUGUGGAACAAAAUCAAAAGCUGUUGUUCACUAUGUAUAAUAAUUUGCUAAACUGUGGACACAAUUCUCAUCAUCCAUUGUACUUGAUUGGGGUAUUCUAAAAUAGUUCCAUCUAUGUAGGUUAUUGAAUAUAGAACAAAAAUGUGAAAAUAGGUCCAAAAUGUUAUGUUGGCUAUAUUGAAUACUGAAUGAUAGCUUUAUAAGAUAUUGUUCUGUACAUAUUAUAUUGCUCAGUAAUUACAUUUCAUCAAUCAAAAUGGAAUUUUACUCCCAACAUUCCAUUUUUUUAAACAAUAGUGAAAUUUGUCAUUACCACAAAAACAGUAUGUUUAAGAUUUAGUACUUACUAUACAGUUUAAAAAUAUCCGUCCAAUAAAUACAUGUAUCAUGAAGUUUUUAAAGGUUUAUGGUCUUGUUUUAAGUAAUAACAUCAGUUUUUGCUAAAAAAAAAAAAAAAAACAUUAAAAAAAAUUCAAAUUGAUGUAUAGAGGUUAUAAUUAUUACCAAAGUGUGUUUUGGUAUUGUCAGUAUAAUAUUAAUUGUAUUAAUACAUUUUCUAUUAAGUGAGCCUCUGGCAAGCAUGUUAAUACUAUAUUUUUAUUCCUAAUAUAUGAUGCUAACGAUACUGAAACAAACAAGGGUAAUAAUCUCUUAAUCAUAUAAUCUCAAGCUGAAUAUAAUAUCUUUUUUAUAAACUUUAUACUCUGCUAUAAUACCAGUCAGCCAUUACUGUAUAUUCAAAUUAUGUAUGAAUAAAUAAUGUUGGAUCUUUUUGAAUGGAAAUAAUGUCAAUAGUAGAAAGAUGUCAUUUGAAUAACCCUACGUAAAAACAAUUUUGUUCAUAACAUUUUUGUUUUCAAAACGCUGGACAACUUUCAAUGUAAAAUUGCUAUUGAAAUGUUUUUGUUUGAUGACUAGGAAUUCAGUCAUCAGUUUUUUAGAGUCGGCCUAGUACAUUUGCUUUCAUGUCAAUAAAUGUAUUCCCAUGAACUGAUUAAUUUGCAUCUAAUUUUUUAAACUUUUAAAAUUUUAAAAAUAUGCAUUGUGAAAAAUACCACAGUUUUAUUACAUUGGAUAGGCCUGCCUAUUAUAUGAUAAACUGUAAUAGCCUUUAUUUUUAUGGGCUAAAAUAUCUGUGGUAUUGUUAAAAAAAAACAACAUUGUGUACUUAAAUUUGUAGAUCAAAAGGCUGUAUAGGAAAAAUUGUAUUAUAUGUAUGAAUGUAUUUUAUUUCCAUUGUGUUUUUAAAUUCAUUGACUGCACUAUUCCAUGAAUUGCACAAAAAUUAGGCCACUUUGAACAAAAUUGAUAUACCUAUUACAGAAAUUCUCAAAAUUGUCCUACUAUUUCUGUCCCGGGUCAGAUCACUGGCUAUCCAGAGACUGGACCCAAGAUGGACAUGCCCGAAACCUUCGUGGUACAAGGGCAUGUAAAAAUACUCUAAAGUCAAAGUACAGAAGUUAAUGACACAUUAUGUUUGACUUUGCAACUCUUGGCAUUCCUUUUGUUUUUGUCACAUCACACCUGUAUAAAAUCAAUUAUUUAAACUCUUUUUUUUGUGUUUUAAAGUAAACUGAUUAUUAUAUGAGCUUGUGUGUCAUACUGAUAUUACGAAACAAGUGUUUAAGAUUUUUAUAUUGCCCGAGCGAGAGUUGGGGUAAUACAUGAAUCCUGACACGAAUUUCGUAAAAUCAGUACGACUUACAUGAUUAAUAAAAUCAAGUUUUCAGAGGUUCACACAUAAAGUGUUUGCUUCCUGGCUCUGUAUACAUUUAAAUGUUGGCACAAAGCAUUCAUUUACAAAUCCUUGUGUUGUCUUGGUAAUGUAUAGCUGUUAAGACAGCAUUGACACGGAAUGUGUUAGUAAGUCUCUAUGCAAACAUCAGAAUGGGUGAACAUGGUGACAUACUGUUGAAUGAAUUGUCACAUUGUUUGAUGUGGGGUUGUUGUUGGAUUUCUGUCUGUGUGUGUUACAUGUUAUGCUGUGCCAGUUAAAGUGUUCAUUUCAGUAAUUGGUGAUUGGUUUUAUUCUUUGAAAGUAUUGGUUUUAUUUGUUCAUAUCCAGAGGUGUAACUAGUACAUGUACUAAGAAGCUUGAACCUACAAAAAGGGCGAGUCCGUGAGUUUGUGAUGAGAAAACUAGAUUUAAAACAUGUUCCUUUUUUUCAAAUGUUCUCCUCAAAAGAAAAGGAUUAUUUGAAUAAUGUUUUGUUUACAAACUUUUUGUUCUUCAAGUCUUAGUUACAUCUCUUUUAACAUGACUGAAGUCCAUUGAUCGAAAACUUUAUAUUUUAUUAUAUUGCUCCAUGGUGGGGGUGUUAUUUUAGUUUUGUUAAACACAUUCCAGUAUUUUAUUAUAAAUGUCAGCCAUAUUUCAAACAUAGAAUUUCUCAGAUGUUCAUGUGUUACACAUUUUUGAAGCAUUCGACUAAUUACAUGUUUAUGCUCUUAGUAUAUUUUUGUAUACAUUUGUGCAAUUUAUUUUAAACGUUAACAGUAUUUUUAUUAUAGCUACUGUACAGUUGAUCUUGGAGGUGAAAUCACCUUGUUGUAUAUUUUUAUUAUUGUUAUUCAAUACUCAUACAGAAACAAAUAAAGACGAUGUCAGUUACU